UGUUUUGAGUUUUUUUGUGCGCGCUUGUUGUGAAUUGCUUCUAACGUUACUUGUGCUGUGUAUAGGCUACAAAAUUAAAACAUUUAUUGAUUUUAAUUAUUUAUACAGACAUUAUCACAGAUAUUCUGGCGUUUAUUAGGUAUCAUGUGGCACUGAAGUCUUUUAAAAAACAUAAAAAAGAUUGUAGCUGCAUGUAAUUUACCAACAAAAAGUCCACAUUAGUGUAUUUAGUGAAUCAUGGAGCACAAUGGACUGCAGUCCAGUAACGCUUGUCAGACACAUCUGAAAUGGGUUAAUGGAUUCACUGAGACGUCGCCCAUCUGUUUACCCAGCAAACGUAAACGAAAUGAUGUGAAUACGGUAAAUGGCCACGAAGAGGAUGGUCCUAAGGGUUUUCCCUCCAAAGAGAGCUUGAGGAAACGUGGUUUUGUCUUGAUUGAUGGCCAGAGAGGUGUGUUCUACUCUGAAAGCUGGGAGCCCAAUGGCAGCACUUUAUACCUGCCUGUAAAUGGCACUUUGUUAGCCAACAUUGAAAAAUAUGAUCAGAUCAGCUUUGAGCAGGGCUGCUUCUGCAUUGGCAAUGCAGCAGGUGGAUUUCAACAGAAAGUCCAAGGUCAAGCGAUCCAUUGCUGGCGAUAUAGUGAACGUGAGCGAAAGCUUUUCAUUGCACUUUCUUACUUGUUCACAAACUUACAAGUGUUCCAGGAAGUCGUUAGCACUCUUGAUUGUCUCUGAGGAUUCUGAGUACACACAGUGCCAUCUAAACUAAAAAGCAUAGACCAAUCGUAUUUUAUUUAGUGUAGCCUAGACAUUCCUCUUCUUUGUUACAAUGUCUUUUUUAAACAUCAUUUUACAUAAUGUGAUAAUCAGUUGAAAUAUACAGUAUGUGCCUUUUUGACACAUUAGUGCAUUUCUGUUCUCUGCUGUUACUGCACUUUCACAGUUAGUCAACGAUCAAAGAUAUCAGCCAUGUUUGAUAUCUAAAAAGUGUAUUUAGUUAAGCAAUGACAUUAUGUUCCAUAAAUGUGGAUACUGAUUUGUUUUGCAUGACAAACAAUAUUGUAAGCGAUCUUGAAGCCUCUGUUAUUGCUGUGAACCAAAACAUGACAUGAAAACACUGUAUUUUAGAUGCCUUUCAAGCUUGUUGCUGAUUUUGUGCACAUAAUUUGUACUCUAAAAAUGUUUGUACAGCUAUAUUGCUGUUGUAUGUGUUUAAGCUUUGCUUUUUAGUGACUUUUUAUAUUUUUUUUUUACUAUAAAAUGGAAGAAUAAAUCCAUUCAAUCUGU